UUAGGUAUAUCGUGGCAUGACACAGCAUGGAUACCAAUAUUAAACCAGAAUAAUGUUAUGGACUAUUUCUCAGAGCGAAGUAAUCCCUUCUAUGAUAGAAUGUGUAAUAAUGAAAUGAUAAAGAUGCAGCGUUUGAAUCCAGAUCAGUUACAGAAUAUGGUUGGUGUGGAGUAUGUUUUAUUACAUGUUCAAGAACCUAUAUUAUAUGUUAUACGUAAACUUCACCGCCAUUCACCAACACAAGUCACACCUUUAGCACAUUAUUACAUCAUUGCUGGUAGGGUUUAUCAAGCUCCAGAUUUAUGCAGUGUCUUAAACUCUAGAUUGUUAAAUUCAGUUUCAAGUCUACAGUCAGCUUUUGAUGAAGCAUCCAGCUACUCUAAAUACACACCAUCUAAAGGUUAUAUUUGGCAGUUUAAAGACAAAGAAGAAAAAGACCAAAAGGAAAAGAAGAAAAAGGAAUUGCCCAGCUCCUCAUUUCAAAGAUCUCGAGUAGAUUUAUUACUUGGUGAAUUGGGUAAAAAAUUCCCACCACCCACAAUAGCACUGGCACAAUCUGACCCUGUCGCAGUCAACAAAGGUAUGACUUUUAUUCUGAAUGAACACUAA